AUGGCACUUGACAGAGGCCAAUUUGCAGAAUUCCUUCAGCAGGAAUUUGGCCAAACUCAAAGGGGUAGAAGGCCAACUUACAGAAAGCCCUAUCCAGAGUUCAUUGAUGAACUUGAAUUUCCUAGGAAUUUUAAAAUUCCAAAGUUUGCAAAGUUCAAUGGAGAGGGUGAACAGUCUACCUUGGAACACAUCAGUCGGUUCACUAUUAAUUAUGGAAAAGCAGCAGCCAAUCCAUGGCUGAAGGAACACUUGUUUCCAAAUGCACUGACUGGAGCUGAGCUUGAAGUAUCCAUGGUAGGCAUUUCCAGACUUCAUCAACUACCUGGAGAGUCUGUGAUGAGCUUCCUUUCCAAAUUCAGGCGGGCCAAGUUCAAAUGUAAUUUGUGUUUGCUGCUGGAAGAAUAUGUGAAGAUGGCUGUGAACGGCCUAGAAUUUAAACUUCGUAAGAAGUUUGAAGGUGUACAGUUCCAUGACUUGUUCGAUUUGGCCGGCAAAGUGGCUAAGUAUGAAGAGCUCCUUCAUGAGGAGCAAGAUAGGAAGAACUUUUCUAAGGGCACCUACUAUCGUGAUCCUAACUAUGAAGUGUAUACCACUGAAACUGAAGGGGAGUUUGAAGUAAAUGUAGCUGAGCUCAACACAAAGAAGGCAUAUACUUGUGAGGCCUUGACAAAACCAAAAUCAGCCACGGCCAACUUGCAGGCCGCCUCUAGUUCCAAGUGA